AUGACGACGUGCCGUCUGUUGUGCGCCCUGCUGGUGCUCGCCCUGUGCUGCUGCCCGUCCGUGUGCGUUGCAGAGGGUGAUGAUAAAUCUGGCAACGUUGGACAGGGUCCAAAGCUCCAGAAUUCAAGGGGUUCAAGCAAUCCCGAGAAGCCAGGAGCAAAAUUCACGGAAGGUUUUGGACAGAGUUCAGAUAAGGAGCCCAUUCCUUCCGAGACACCAUUGAAGACCGCUUCUGCUCCAGCAGCUCCAUCUCCGACAGGUACAGGAGAAGGACCAAGUGUAGUACCCACUUUGCAAGAUGGAAGAGAUGCGUCUGGUCAGCAAGGGGCAUCAGAAGGGAAUAACCUUUCGCCAGGAUCAAAAGGUGAUUCCGAUAUGUCAGUUGUAAAUAAUCCGGAGCAUAAUAAAGAAGUGGCGCUAACUGGUAACGAAGUUAAGGAACAGGCACCAACCACGACAACCACAACGACCACAACUACAACAAUGGCACCAACGACAACAACCACUGCGCCGGAGGCACCAAAUGAUACGGCCAGGAAUAUAGAGGCGCCAACCACGACGACCACCCGUGCACCGUCACGUCUUCGCGAAAUCGACGGCAGCCUCAGCAGCUUUGCGUGGGUGUGUGCCCCGCUGCUGCUCGCCGCAUCCGCGCUGGCGUGCACCGCUGUGGGCUGA